AUGUCGAUCUCACACCUAAGCCCCGAGCAGAGCAGUGCUCUGUUCGACCUGUUGACCCAUCAUGCGACCUACGACGAGAUCUGCCAGUUCAAGUCACCCACCGCCAUCAAACAAUACGGCCCGCCCUUCCAAGACUCCAAGACCACAUCCUCGCCCAUUCUGCAAUCGCUGCUUUCUAAAUUCAUCCUCCCACUACCAGGACUCCACGACGUCUCGCCCGACUUCUGGAAAGUCCGAGUCGAAAACAUAAUUGAAGAGCUGGCACAAGCAAACCUGAGUGAGAGUUACGACAAGGGUCUCUUGGGCAUAAGGAAGACGUUGGCUACUGCCAUCUCGGCCUUGAUAGAAUACCCCGCCAGAGGUUGCUAUGGUGGCAUCAAGAAGGACGAGUCGGCUCUCAAGGAUCAGCACUUUGACCCCACCAAGCCUGAUGAUGUGCUGCGUGCGUGGUAUGUCUUUAUGCAGCAGCUGGUCUAUGGCGACCUGUUCGACAAGCUGUUCGCCAAGGCUGCAGAGACGGACGACCUACGCAAGCAUGAUAGUCUCGUUCAAGCGGCUCACGAGUUUGUUGUUGUCAAUCUCGCGUCUUUCAUGCAUUACACUCUUGUCGUUAGUCCCGAGGGUCCGUCAUUGCUUCGCAUGGUCGAGAACGUACACAAGCUUGCACCUUACACAUUAAUGAGACAGACGCUGCGUGUCGGCAAUGUUGCUACCAUGAUUAAUGGCAUGGUCAAACUGAUGCUUGCCAAGGUUAGUGUCGGCACUUUAACCAACUGGAUGGGCAUCAGCAGUGGUGCAGACGAAGGCAUGAACUUGAUGCAACAGAUCAUAUCCACCGUCCUUGGCUGGGACAAGAAGGAGCUCAAGAAGCGACUGGAAAAGAUCGAAAAAGACAAGGAUGCACCCUCCCAGGCCCAGCGCGAAGCACUAAAAGCCUGGAUGGAACAAAGCCGACCAGAGCAAGAAGAAUGCCGCAGACGAAGCCAAGAGCAGUCUAUGUCGAUCGUCUCGACCAUUCUAUCCUUGUCCUCGGCGAGUCCGGAUCUCAACGAAAAACAGCAUAAACUGGCCCUCGAGUACCUGUCUUUGAGCCUGGCUGUACGAGACAGAAACAAGAUUAUCGAUGUUCUCUGUCAUCACAGUCCCGAUCAUCUCACCCAAGCCGUACGCGAUGGCGUAGCUGCUUACGAGCCCAUGAUCAGACAAGUUCACCAAGCUGUUGACCUCAGCGCCACUGUCGCGGAUUUCCAGGCCUUCAUGGACGACAUGAUCAAGGUAGCCAAGCCGAAGAAGGACGGCAAGCCUUCCAGCGUCGAAGACUUUGUACACCUCUUGCACAGCCAUAUGGGUGCCUCGCAUCGUUUCAUCCACCAAGUUGCCAAGAACGGAAAGGAAGUAACCCAAUGGUUCAAGGAUUACGUCCGCAAGGUCACCGCCAACUUCAAGCAAGAACGCGCCUCCCCCUCAAUCUACGACUCCCUCUCCACAGCCUUUGACGGACUUAAACCCGACGAGCAAGACAAGGUCCGCAAAGAAGUCGACGCCUCGGCAAAAUACCUCGACGAACUAUACGCAUCAUCCGCAGCUAGAAUCAGCGACGUGAUCAGCAACAAAUCCUCGACGCCAUACGGACCCGGAGCCUAUCUGGCUAGAUGGCAGGAACUGCUCGACUCGACGCUGGUGACACCCGAGACGGCCAAAGGACCCGUUCGCAAGGGCGCCAGUGCCAGUGUCAAGCAAGAGGCCAGAAGGGAUGUCGAUGGCGAAAUCAAAGAGUCUGGGGUUGAUCUCAAGCAGGCGGACAAGGUUGUCAAGGACAAGACUCCUGAGGCGCCGUCGGCGGAGAUGACGAUUAAGCUUUUGGGACCGAAGUUCAGGGAGUUGUUGUUGGCUGCUAAGUAG